AAUUAUUCUUCAUUGAAUGCAUCUGUGAAUUUUUGAAAUUCAUAGUUGACAUAGCUGUCUUUACCGUUUAUUAGAUAAUAGAAUAAAGAAAUCGUAAAAUAAAUCGUGUUCACGGUGUUAUUACGGUAUAUAUAUUAAACUAAUAAUCAUUUUUCUUAGCGUCUGUUUACGUAUAUAAAAGUAGCCGGUAUGCCGCCAAAACGAGGUAGAUCUACAAAGACAGACUCUGCAGAAGCUAAAAAAGAGAAAAAGGAGAAAGCAUCUAAGUCGCAAGAGACAAAUGCUAAAAGGUCUAAACGCAGUGGGAAUGACAUUGAAGAGCCUGCUGCAAAACGUGUUAAGUCAGAGCCGAAGCAAAUGAUGAAUAAAACCGAUUCAAAUAUGGAUGAAAUUAACUUUGAUUGUCAGAAAUUAAAUGCAGAAGGAAAAAAGUAUAAUCUGAAAAUUUCUAGUUGGAAUGUUUCUGGAAUUAGAGCAGUUAUUAAAAAAAAUGGAAUUAAAUACAUUGAAAAGGAAGAUGCAGAUAUAGUUGCAUUGCAAGAAACUAAAUGUGAUAAGGAUAAGUUACCAGAUGAAGUUAAAUUAAAAGGAUAUCAUCAUUAUUUCCUUGAGAGUAAAAAACCUGGGUAUUGCGGGGUUGCCUUGUAUUCUAAAGAGAAACCAGUUGAUGUAAAAUAUGGCUUAAGUGAUCCUGAAUUUGAUGAUGAAGGCAGAUUAAUUAUUGCGGAAUACCAAAAAUUUUUCUUUAUUAAUGUUUAUGUUCCUAAUGCUGGUCAGAAGUUAGUAACAUUACCAAAGAGAUUACAAUGGAAUAAGGUUUUUAAGGCUUAUAUUAAGAAACUGGAUGAAAAAAAGCCAGUGAUCAUUUGUGGUGAUAUGAAUGUAGCCCAUCAAGAAAUAGAUCUUAAAAACCCUAAAACAAAUACAAAAAAUGCUGGAUUCACUAAAGAAGAACGAGAAGGUAUGACAGAUUUCUUAGCUGUAGGAUUUGUGGAUACAUUUAGAGCUUUGUAUCCUGAUAAAACGGAUGCUUAUACAUUUUGGUCAUAUUUUGCUAAUGCCCGUAGUAAAAACAUAGGAUGGCGACUGGAUUAUUUUCUGGUAUCAGAACGAAUGAAAGAUAAAGUUUGUGAUAAUGUUAUGAGGGACAAGGUAUAUGGCAGUGACCAUUGUCCUAUUAUCCUUUACAUUAAUAUUUAAGAAGGAAUUACAUCUUUUUUAUACUUAAAUGAUGUGUCACUAUGGAUGAUCCAUGCAUGCUGUGCAUACAUAUACUUUG